AUGCAGUUGACAGACGUCCCUGAAGCUGGAAAGAAAAUGGCCACCCAGUGGACACGUUCGAACAGUGCAGAGAAAAAGGUGCCCCACACCCGCAUGGAGGACGAGGCUGCCAUUCAGCAAAUAUACACAUUUGGGAACAAGUUGGGUCAAGGCAGCUUUGGGGUCGUCUAUGAAGCCACUCAUAAUGAGACAAAGAAGAAGUGGGCUAUUAAAAAGGUCAACAGAGAAAAGGCUGGAAGUUCAGGUGUGAAACUGUUGGAACGGGAGGUCAGCAUCCUAAAACGAGUCAAUCAUAAGCACAUUAUACACCUAGAGGAGGUGUUUGAAACACCAGAGAGGAUGUACCUGGUGACAGAGCUCUGUGAGGGGGGCGAGCUGAAGGAGAUUCUGAAGAAGAGGAGGAGCUUCAGCGAGGAGGAGACCAGGCACAUCAUCCACAGCUUGGCAGAAGCUACGGUCUACCUGCACAGAAAGGAUAUUGUGCACCGGGAUCUUAAACUGGAAAACAUUUUAGUGAAGAGUCAGUACAACGGUGAGGAAAACGAGCUGCUGCAUAUCAAGGUAACAGACUUCGGGCUGUCUGUGCAGAAGGGCGGGAUGGGCAGUAAGACCAUGAUGCAAUCCACCUGUGGGACACCCAUCUACAUGGCUCCAGAGGUAAUCGAUGGUCAUGACUACAGCCAGCAGUGUGACGUGUGGAGCAUCGGGGUCAUCAUGUACAUGCUGUUGUGUGGGGAGCCGCCUUUCAUGUCCAGCUCGGAGGACCGGCUGUUUGACAUGAUCAGGAGGGGAGACCUCACCUUCUCUGGCCCCGUUUGGGACUCCAUCAGCGAAGGAGCCAAAAAGGUGCUGCGAUGUCUGCUGAAGGUGGACCCCGCCCACCGCAUCACAGCCAGUGAGCUGUUAGACAACCCCUGGAUCACAGGCGACACCUCCACCCCGUCCACGCCCACCAACGUGCUGGAGAUGAUGAAGCAGUUCCUGGACGACCCCGAGGAUGUGGACAGCACAGUGGGGGUCACGGGGGGACUGAACGGGCUUUUGCUCGGCCCCGCCCGGGACACCCCAGCCAGGCCUGGCACGCCCCGCGAGCACACACCCGGCUCUGCCAGCAGCGAGGGGGCGGGGCUUGCCGAGGCCAAUCACGAGGGAGACACAGACAGCAGCAGCAGCAGCUCAUCCACCCCUACAAAGCAGGGACAGAAGAAGAAGGCCGCCACCCUGCCCUCCAGCGACGCCGGGAAGAAGAACGGGACCAGUGUAAAAGGCUGCCAUGCUGCCCACACAGGUGGCAAAGCCACCAACCAGUUCAGCACAAAGAGAAGCAGCCCCCAGGACAAGAGUGAGGCCAGCCCCCCCACUGCAGGGCCUUCCUGCAGGCCGAUGUCCCGCUCAGGGAGGGGCGAGACCCACAGGCCACCCGUCCCAUCCAGCUGCGGGCCUGGACCCAAGUGCCCCAAAUCUCUCGCUAGCACCAAAACCAAAAAGACCACGUAGUCCUCUGGGACCGCGCUGGCGCCAGCACCAAGUGCCAAAGGAGUGGGUGCCUGCCAUCGGUAACAUGGGACUGCCAGGCACCGCCGGGCACCGCCGGGCACCACCAGGCACCUGAGACGCUUGCAGUAUUCCCACCAUGAGUGAAACCUGCAGUGCUUCCACACCACUUUCCAUUCCUUACACUCUAGUUAGAUACCGGCCAAUGGAGAGAGACAAACGCUGAGCCCUUCCACCUCAGCUGCAGCAGAUCACACGGCGCCAUGCCAUCAUACACACUCUCGCUGUUUCCUUUAAGGGAUGAGGCCGAGGUCGGAGCAGCCGGGCAGCUGUUUUGAAUGCAAACCAAAUGCGGACCGCUCUGCAUGUUGGUUGUUUGCACUUUUUAGUACGGUCUCUGAAUGCACUGAAAACGUAGUGUUACAUCAGACAGGUGCACCUGACACUUAGGACCAAUUCAA